UGAGCAGGAACAGGAUCUCGGCAGGAGCGGUGUGGGGACAGCGGCAUGCCUGGGAAGAUGGGAGUGUCGUAACGCUGAAGCGUGGGAUGGAAGCCGAGGCUGAAGGCAAGUGGUGGUAUGUCAGCAGGGUGGGGAUGAGCAGCAGCUCCCUGGAUGGGCUCCGGGGCUUUUGUCCCUCCGCUGUCCUGGCAGGGAGGAGACAGAAAGGCAGAAGCCCAGGAGAUCUUGGUGCCAUGCAAGGGUGGCUAUUAAUAACACACUUUCCAUGUGGUUGAGCUGUGCAAGUCAAGCGUCCUUGCCAAGGGAAGACAGCUUGUAAGCUGAAACGAGCUCCUGCUUGCAUGCUGCCAGCUCUGGUGCCGCAGCAGCUCCCUGGCACCCGCAGCGAGCCGAGACGCUGCAGCGCAGCCAGCUGCCAUCAGGAUGGGUGCUCGUCACGGAGCAGGCUGAAGCUCUUGGGCUCAUUUCCCUUGCUGUAGCCCCGUGGUUGGAAAAAAUGCUUUCCAGCCGACUAGCUGGAGGUUUGCUGAAAGGUCAGGAGGAGCUGAUGGUGUUUUUCAGGUCCAGACUUCUCUAGGGCUCAAGGCGUGUGCAUUGUGCUGCUGGCGGUGUCCUGCAGUAGGGUCCCCUUGCCACCCUUGGUGCCAGGGGAGGGGGUGCCAGAUUUGGCACUGUGUGAGGGUAACCUGGGAUCUCUCUUGCUUCUGGGCAGGAGUAGACCAGGCUGCUGGCGUGACAGAGAGAAUAAUAACGUAGAGGAAGAGCCAAGCAGGCAUAUGGCACGGCAUCCCUCUACAUGUAUAGGGGCACAGGGGGCCUGUCCAGUAUGGUACUUGGGAGUUUUUUUGAGGCUAGUGAAGCAAGGCAGAAUGAUGGAGCUGAGUAUCAAGAUGCUCCUCCUGAGGUGGGCAGAGCCUGUGCCUUGAGGGACACUGUGUGUUUAGGCCUAGGGUUCAGCCUGUCUGGUUUUGGAGCCACCACCGCCACAGGAGGGCUGGCUGCCGGCUGUCCAGAGAGCAGGAUCUCCCCGAUCAUGGAUCAACCGAUCCAUGAGCUCUGCAUCCACUGAAGUUACAAGAUGUGCAUUUUUCCUCUUACGAUCCCUCUCUUGACUUUCCAAGGGCAUUUAGAUCCUGCUGCCAAGGUUAACUCUGUCUUCAGAGUCAGAGGCUGCAGCUUGCUCUGAGUGCCCCGGGAGCAGCAUCUCUCUCGGUCCCCAGUUCUGGAGGAGAGCACCGCUGCCUGCCUGCACUCGGGAACACGCUCCCGCUUCAGCAGCGUCUCUGCCCACUGAUGGCAGGCAGGGAGCGUAGGAGGCUGAGAGCUCCGAGGGGUCUGGUUAUGAAAAAAACACCUCCCAAGAGCUCUGAUUGCAGAUCAUGAGCAGAUCAGAGCUGCUGUCUCCUUCCUCGUUCACGGAAGGAGAUGGAAAUGAUAGUGUGUAGCUGCUGGUAAGUAGAGUUGAUAUUCUAGUGCAUGCAGCGGUACUUCCCUUCCCUUCCACCCUGCAAAUGCCAGGCUGCUGCUGCCCGGCCUCCUUGCCAAGCCGAGCCACGCAGGCUGCAGGGCAGGCACAGGGGACAGCUCUCGGUCUCGGCAGCAAAGAGUGGAGAUCCCAGAGAUGUUCUGCUGCCAGGCCAGGGGCUGCCAGGGCUUGGCUCCUCUCCGCCCAGAGCGUGGUUCCCCGGCUGCUCUGCAUGCAGCUCUGCUGGCACCCCGGCAGUGUGUCCCUCUGCUCCGCCAGCGGUAGCUCUCGGCACCCGUGAUACACCCUUUGGAUCUGGGGUUGGAAGUAGGUUGCGAGGGAAGGGGAUAUCUUCACCCAUCACAUCUGUGCUACCACGUGCUGCUGUCGUGGGUUCUCAGAUGAUUGCCUGCUAAUAACCUUCACCACUGGUGGCCAGAGUGUGAGUCCAUGUGCUACUUGCAGACAGUCCUGAAGAUAAAAAGGGCCAUAAUCAGCUAGUACCCAAACAUAAAUGUCAAGCCAAGGUUGUUCUAGCAGAUUUCCUUGCAAGACUGUGGUGCAAAAAGGAAGGAAGCUGUGUUGAGAGAUCUUCCUGCCCGUAGCAGCAGCUCAGCAAGCACCACAGCAGCUUCGUGCUACUGGAAUAUCUGGGGCAGGAGGGAGCAUCGACUCAGCUCAUUCAGAAUGUACUGGGCAGUACAUCUGCUGCAGCAUGCUACACCCAGGCAACCUUCUCUCCCUGGUUUUUUUUAAGAUGUUUUAUUCGUUCAGACAGUUUUUAACACCUGCUGGUGGUGAUGCAAUUUACUGUGCAUCACCCUGCAGGCAAUGGGGAGAAGGGACAGGGACGGAGGGCUGCCGUGUUGGGGACAGGCUGGAAGCAAGGUGAUCAGCAAAACAUGCUUUUGCCCUCAGCAAAGCUGCACGGACCUCACUGGUGUGACAGUUAACCUGCCGGUGACCGAGUGCAUUGCUUGCUGUGGUGGGACUUGAGAAAUCCCUCUGGAGAGGUGGCACUUUGGUUUUGCUUUCAGUUCAACCAGGCUUUAGCUGCCCUGAUGCUGCUUUCUGGAGGGCAUUGCUGUCCUGCCUUCCCUCCUUGUGCUACGGUACCGAGUACAGGCAUGGUGCUGAGACUGUGGAAUCUGAAGAACUGGCCUCCUUGCCUACCAGGCUGGAGGAGAUCAAGCCAAGCCUGGCUUUCUCUAAAAAUACAAACUUAGCUUUGUACUCAUUGAAAAUCAAUAGAGGUACAGCCCAAUGGGUUGCUUGUGCUACAAGCACUAAGCAGAAGCUCCAGUUGACAGCCUAGAAAAUAAGACAUAUGUCCCAUCUGACAUGCAUUUCCCAAACAAAAAGGGAAGCUUCUGAGAAAUUUGUCUGUUUGUGUGGCCCUCGGGGCAGUGGGGGUUUGGGCCAGGACGUUCUCCUGAAGGUCCUUUGGUAUUGCUGACUUGCAAGCAAGUGCAUAAAAGCACGUGAGGAGGGAGGAAGGCAGAAGCAAGCGGAGCAGAUGCCACGGUGCUGAGCAGCGCGCCCGUACCCUCGUUGGUGACUAGAGGAGCUGCCUCAUACGGCGUGGCAAUUGUUGAGAGCGAUGGUGGUGUGUGCCUGCAGGCUGCCGUGAUCCAGAGUCUUGGGAGCAGUUGAAGAGCCAGGAGUUUGUUUCUACAAGCUGUAGGUCUUGGUGGUUGGUUUUGGUUUUUUUUUUUAUGAGUUGCCCUCGAAUAAAUCCUCUCCAUUUAGCGGCUGAAGAGAGGCAGUGGCUGGAGGGUGGGAAGCAAAGCACUAGCUCUGGGGAGGGGGCCGCUGGAGCUAGCCAGAUUCAGCUCCUUCCGCUCCAGCCUUUGCAUGCCGAGCCGCCAGCGCUGAAACUGCUGCAGCACCUUCCACCUGUGACCCAGGGCUUUCCAAGGACUGCUGCAGCACGCCGGCAGCCUGCCAAGCUCGGAGGGCUGGGCAGGGAAAGCUCGAGAGCCCCGGUGAAGCUCUUUCCACCAGGAGAGGGAAGUUUUGCGCAGGGCGAGUGGGAUGAUUUUCCUAGCUUUCCUCUGCGCUACUCCAGCUCUGCCAGCCUCCACCUCUUCCAGCCGGCUGCUACCAAAUCUUCCUGCCCGGCUUUUCCUCGCCUGGUUGGUUUUCUGCUUUAAGAUUCGCAAGGGCUCAGUUUCAAUUUGCCGCAGAUUUGGUAGGGCUGGUGCUUAGCCAUAGUGGUUCCCGUGGGGAAACCAGGUGGACCAGCGCCAGGAGAGUAAGUCACUGGGGCGGGUUGGCACCUCGGGGUGCAGGGGCUCUGCCGAUCCCACAGCAGCGAGCAGGGGGUGCCGAGGGUCCCGGCCAGGCAGUGACACCUGCCCUGCCAUCGCAGCGCCCUGGGCUGAGCCAUGAAACUCGGGGAGUAGGAGCCCCAGCAGUGCGUCUGCCCAGCAAGAGGGUCCCAGCCCUGCUGCAUGCCCAGGGUGGCAUCGCCAUGUCCCCUGCUCCUGCCCUCCGUCCCCUGAUGUCCCCACACCCGGGAACUCACAGGGGGGCCUAUUUAAUUCCUGGUCUCUGUGUUAACAGCCACCGUCCGGGUACGAUGGACACCUUUUUUAGGUGGCACUUUGGGAGGAAGGGGCCGCGGCGUGGCAGCACUGUGGCUGUGCCCGCGAGCAAGGCCAGACGGCGUUCCCAGGCAGGGCUGCCCUCCGCCUCGCUGGCCCAGCGCCGCCGUGGCUCGGGCACCCCGCUGCCAGCCCUCUCCUGCUUGGGGCUGCCCCAGCGCGCUGGCCCCCGCCGUCGCUCCAGCACCACGCCUCCCUGCCUCAGCCCCCGGUUCGCCGUGCAGAUGAAGCGCGGGGGCCGGGUGCGAGCCAUCGAUGCCCAGCUGGUGGGUCCAUCCAUCCUCCUGGCCAGCCUCAUCCCUACUGGAGAGGAGGGAGACAGGGUGCCCCACACCGACAGCUCCAGAUCUGAGUCUCCGGAGGAUGACGAUGGCAUUGGCGCAUCGGUGGGAGCGGAGCAGGGCUGGCAUGGGUGGCGGGCAGAGGAGAGGUGGCUGCCCAUGCUGCCCUGGCUGCGGCCGCUCCAGGCUGGGCUGCUGUCAAGGGGCCCCCGCUGCCUGCGGCGUGCCUCAUCCCACCGCCUGCCCACCGAGUUCAUGUGUGGCCGGGCCACCUACGGCUUGCCGGGCCACUACCGCCGUCUCAGCCAGCGCCGGCGCUCCAGCGAUGUCCCCCGGCCCGGGCUGCUCCCCUCUGGCCACCCACGGCUGCUGGCCCAGCGCUGCACGGGGGCGGCCGGAGCUGGGUGCCCCUCUGCCACCCUCCCUGAGUGCCUGGGUCCGGAGCCCACCCGCCACACCGCCCCGGAUGGCUGGAGCCCCCGGCUGCUGAAAGCUAUUGCCAAGUCCAGCCUCCAGCACAUGGUAGCCCAGCCAAACCCUGCGCUAGCCCUGAGGGGUGACUCGGAGAGGCAGAUACGCAGCACUGUGGACUGGAGCGAGACUGCGGUCUAUGGGGAGCACAUCUGGUUUGAGACCAAUGUCUCUGGGGACUUCUGCUACGUUGGGGAGCAGAACUGUAUGGCAAAGCUGCUGCAAAAACCUCUCUCCCGGCGUAAGUGUGCAGCCUGCAAGAUCGUAGUGCAUACACCCUGCAUCGAACAGCUGGAGAAAAUAAAUUUCCGCUGCAAACCUUCCUUCAGGGAGUCAGGAUCCCGGAACGUACGGGAGCCCAUCGUUGUCCGGCAUCACUGGGUACACCGGAGGCGGCAAGAAGGGAAGUGCCGGCAGUGUGGCAAGGGUUUCCAGCAGAAGUUUGCCUUCCACAGUAAAGAGAUUGUAGCCAUCAGCUGUUCGUGGUGCAAGCAAGCGUAUCACAGCAAAGUGUCGUGUUUUAUGCUGCAACACAUCGAAGAGCCCUGCUCACUGGGUGCUCACGCUGCUGUUGUCGUUCCUCCCACCUGGAUUCUGCGGGUCCGGCGGCCCCAGAACCCACUGAAAUCUAGUAAGAAGAAGAAGAGAACAUCAUUCAAGCGGAAAUCCAGCAAGAAGGGGGCCGAGGAAGGGAGGUGGAAACCCUUUGUCAUCAAGCCCCUGCCAGCUCCUCUCAUGAAGCCCUUGCUGGUGUUUGUGAACCCCAAGAGCGGUGGGAAUCAGGGAGCCAAGAUCAUCCAAUCCUUCAUGUGGUAUCUCAACCCACGGCAAGUUUUUGACCUCAGCCAGGGUGGACCCAAGGAGGCGCUGGAGCUGUACCGCAAGGUCCACAACCUCCGGAUCCUGGCGUGCGGGGGAGAUGGCACGGUGGGCUGGAUACUCUCCAUUCUGGACCAGUUACGCCUCAACCCACCUCCUCCUGUGGCCAUCCUACCUUUGGGGACAGGGAAUGACUUGGCCAGGACACUGAACUGGGGUGGGGGUUACACGGAUGAGCCUCUCUCCAAGAUCCUGUCACACGUGGAAGAUGGGAACAUUGUGCAGCUUGAUCGCUGGAACCUCCACGUGGAGCCAAACCCUGAGGCAAACCCUGAGGAAAAGGAUGAGGCGGCCGCUGACAAGCUCCCUUUAGAUGUCUUCAAUAACUACUUCAGCCUUGGCUUUGAUGCACGGGUGACACUGGAGUUCCAUGAAUCCCGAGAGGCCAACCCGGAGAAGUUCAACAGCCGGUUUCGGAAUAAAAUGUUCUAUGCUGGGACAGCCUUCUCUGACUUCCUCACUGGGAGCUCCAAAGACUUGGCAAAGCACGUCAAGCUGGUUUGUGAUGGGACAGACCUGACCUCCAAGAUCCAGGACCUGAAGCCCCAGUGCCUGGUCUUUCUGAAUAUCCCCAGGUACUGUGCGGGCACCAUGCCCUGGGGCAACCCCGGGGAGCACCACGACUUCGAGCCGCAGCGCCAUGAUGAUGGCUGCAUUGAAGUUAUUGGCUUCACCAUGACAUCCCUGGCUGCCUUGCAGGUCGGUGGCCAUGGGGAGCGGCUGUGUCAGUGCCGGCAGGUGGUUCUCACCACGUCCAAGGCCAUCCCCAUGCAGGUAGAUGGAGAGCCCUGCAAGCUGGCGCCUUCCUGCAUCCACAUCUCCCUGCGCAACCAAGCCAACAUGGUGCAGAAGACCAAACGGCGCAACUCCAUGCCUCUGCUCAAUGACCAGCAGCCGGUGCCCGAGCGGCUGCGGAUCCGGGUGAGCCGAAUCAGCAUGCGUGACUACGAGGCACUGCACUACGACAAGGAAAAGCUCAAGGAAGCCUCUGUGCCGCUGGGGAUCAUCGUGGUUCCAGGAGACAGCGAUCUGGAGUUGUGCCGGACCCAAAUCGAGAGGCUGCAGGAGGAUUUCCCUAUGCAGCCCUCUGCUUUAGAACGCCUGCUCUUCCAGGAGGGAGAUGGAGCCAAACCAAAGACACUGUCAUCCCAGAAGCUGUCACCCAAGUGGUGCUUCCUGGACUCCACAACGGCCGAUCGGUUCUACAGGAUAGACCGCGCACAGGAGCACCUCAACUAUGUGACAGAGAUCUCUCAGGAUGAGCUCUACGUGCUGGACCCAGAGCUAGUGGUCACCCAGACUGUGAGCACCUCUCCUGCCAUGCCUGACCUCGUCGACUCAUCUGCCACACCCACUGGGCACCAUUUUGCAUUCCCUUCCUCUUCCUCCUCUCCACCCUCCUCUCCUGCCCCCAGUGCUGAGCCUGAGCACUGCCUCCCGCACAGAGAUGACCUGAUAGAAGCUGCCAAGAGUGGCAACUUUAGCAAGUUCCAAGAGCUGCACCGGGCUGGAAGAGACUUGAUGGUGCGAGACUCCUCGGGCCAGACCGUCCUUCACCAUGCCGUCAAAUCAGGGAGCAAAGACAUCGUCAAAUACAUCAUUGAGAAUGCCCCUUCAGAAAUCCUCGACGCCACGGAGGAGGAGAACGGUGAAACCAGCUUGCACCAGGCUGCAGCCUUACGCCAGCGCACUAUCUGCCACUACAUCGUGGAGGCUGGGGCUUCGCUCAUGAAGACGGACCUGCAGGGAGACACCCCCAAGCACCGGGCUGAGAAAGCCAACGACCCUGACUUAGCUGCCUACCUCGAGAACCGACAGCACUACCAGAUGAUCCAGCGGGAGGACCAGGAGACAGCUGUGUAGUGCUCAGCGUGCCUUAGCCCAAGCCAGCUCGGGCAGGGUGAGGAGAGGACGAUGCCAACUGGCAGAGCUGUGAGUCUGGCUCAGCCCUCCCUAGAUGUCAACCUGGUCCCUGGAGGAGAUGGAGACAGCAGAGUUCUGCCCCAGGCUGGGCUGGGACUCUGUUUAUGAGGACAGUGGGUAUUUGGGACUUGAAGCCUGGCUCUUUGUGUCUGUGUCUCCCUUCACCCCUCGGCCACCACGUUCCCUGCCCUUGGAUGGGCUCCAUCCCGCAGAUCUGCCAGGGCAGGUCAGGCUGAAGCUCCUUGUCACCCUUGUGCACGGGAGUGAUGCCAUUGCCUCUCCAUAGGCUCCUACCGAUGAUCCUUGUGGGAUAUCGUUGCUUGCCCCUCCCCUGCCAGAAGUGCCCUCCUUUAGAUGCUUGGCUAGGUUCGUCCUGUCCUCCUCCCCUGUCUGGCACAGCUGCGGGAGGCACAGGCUGUGCGGGCAGAGGCCGUGAGCCUCAGACUGCCACAAGGAAAAUACCAUGACUUACUGCCUCGUCCUCCCUCCCAGCAGCUUGGGGCUGCCCUGAGUCUCUGUGUUGCCCUGCGGGGGCUUUCUGCAGCAGAAGAGAAGUCCCUCGCACACCCAGGCUUUCCUCGCACACCCAGGCUUUCCUUGGAGCAUCUGGGACUGGUGCAGCUGGAAGCAGGGCAGCUGCUGCCCUCCCGGUUGCUCUAGUGCUCAGCCAGCCAGCAGCCUGGCCCAGGGCAGGGAUGGCAAGGAGGAAGGCUACCGAGCCCUUGCACCACCCUUCCCUCGCAGGGCUGGAUGGGGCAGCCUGCACACCCAGUGACUGCUGGGCAUCUCUUCGCGAGCCUGCUGCAGCACGUAGCCGUGGUGGAGAGCUGCGCUUGGCCUGGGCGGUGGCUGCGGUGGAGCCUGUUACAUUUCCCAGAUGCUGACUUGAACGUGGCUGCCCUCCCCCCUUCAACCCCCCCUGCUGAUGCUAGAUAUUGCACUGGGCUGGAGGAGCAGUGCUGGGGGCAAUGCUGCUGCCCCCCAGCCUGUCAACAUCCAUCCUCUGAGUCCGACUCCUGCUGUCCCCCCAAAGUGGGCACAGGGCUUUGCAGGGAAAACUUGGGAGCGCACCUAGCCCAGACACAAGCUCCCUGGAUGGGAUGCCAGCUCAUCCUCUCCAGUUUUAGCAGAAAGAGGGAUUUGGAUGCUUAGGGAGCAUUAGGGCUUCCAGCCCCAAGUUGCAAUGGGAUGGCAUUUCACCUGCCACUUUGCCAUGGGGCGCGAGGCACCAUGACCCGUCUCCCCUGCAGAUGCUGUGGGUGCUGAGUGUGUGCAGAGGCAUCGAGCCAGCCCUUCAGCAAGGCUUUCGCAGAACUGGCAGUGUCUGGGACCAGGAGGUGCCAGAAGAGGGGGAGAGCUCACAGCUUUGUGCCUUGCAGACCUGCUUGGCACCUUUGGGUGGGCGGUGGGCAUGGAACAGGUUGCAGCUUGGGUCCCAGGAGAGGGUGCUACUGCUGCAUGUAUGGUCCCACCUGCCCUCACACCCAGCUGCGCCUGCUGGGCAGUGCUGGGUGGUGUCAUUUGAAUCCCUCCUGAUACCAACACCAAAAAAAGGGUAUGAGGAUGACAAAGCACCAGAAUACUCUUCAAGUUUUUUGGCUGGGGGGGACACAUUUCCCUUGGAGGCUGGGGCAUGCUGUGGUGGGGAGCUGAGGUGCAGUGCAGGGGGCCAGGGGCCAGCGGCAGCAUUGACAGUUAACAACAGCACCCCGAUGUCUUCAGAGCUGGGAUGCUCCAGCAGCACCCGAAGUUCCUAUCAGCACUGCUCACAGACCACCAACAGACAAGGCACUGUCGUCUUCUCAGAGGUCCAAACUGCUGCCUCGCCAGCUGGGAUGCCCAGCCCGGCCCGGAGGCAUUUACAACCCCAGCUUCCCUCUUUCUCCCCAGUUUUGUAUCUUCCCUUAUAGUUUUUGUACAGGUAGUUGAGAGACACACUGUCCCCUUCCCCGCCUGGCCCCUCCGUGUGCGCGUGAGCUGAGUUGCUGUGCAAUUCCAAGCCUGGCUUGUAUUUCGGCGAAGGCGGAGGGGGUGUUGGUCACCCUGCCUGCUGAGGGCAGGGGUUCUGUGCAAUACCUGGGUCUGUGUUUCCUAGACGCUGUUGUAGGAUUGUAUUUUUGUAACUCUGUGAGGGUGCCGGCUCCAGCAGGCCCAGGGCCUGGCACGAGCCUGUGUUCCCGUUGCUUUCUGACUUGGACUGUUUGGAUGUUGUUGUUUCUUGCCAUUGAAAUAAAGAGAUGGUUGUUUUA